AUGGUUGCAGCUGGUGGUGGGGGUUCUGGAGGAGGGAGUGAAUCAGGAGAUGGAGGACAUGCUGGAGGACUUAGUGGUUCGCCAGGUCUUCCAUCCAUUCAUAACUCAAUCCCAAGUCUUCCAGGAAAUCAAACAUUUGGCUGUAAACUAUUUGAAGGAAGCCCAGGUCUUUCCUCAAAUGAGCCUGGCGGAAGCGGUGGUAGUGGUUACUAUGGAGGUUGCGGCGGAACGACCGAUGAUAGGAUAAAACAAAUUUGGGGUUCGUCGGGUGGUGCAGGAGGUUCUUCAUUCAUUUCAGGUCAUGAAGGCUGUAUUGCAAUGGAUGAAAGAGGAAAUCCCUUGGGUACUUCAAUUUACCCCUCCAAAAUAUAUUUCACUGAUACUGAGAUGAUAUCAGGGAAUGAAGCAAUGCCCUCAAUAACAAGCCCAGUUGAUAAAGAAAAUAAUGGCCAUGAUGGAGAUGGCUAUGCUAGAAUAACUUUCAUUAGUUCAUAUUUCGGAUGUACAACUAUAUGUUCUUAUCCUAUUUUUUAUAUUAUGACUCUAUCUAUGUUUUCAAUUUUAGUAGUAUAUAUAUGCGGGUUGUGUGACUUUUUUUGUAAACGUAAGAAUUCAUACAAUAUAGAACGAUUUUGUAUCAUUUAA